CCAUGGAGGGGAUGGAGCCGAAGUCUACAUUGACCUUCUACAGAAGAACCGAACACCGUAUGUCACAACAACUGUCUCUGCCCACAGUGCCAAGGUGGGUGACUGUCUUUGGUAAUGGGCAGAAGAUAGGAGCCUGUCCCUGGUACAGGUUUGUUUGGAUGGAUGUGGUAGGGUAGGGGGAGUUUGGUAGCUACAGCAUUGCCAGUAACUAAUGUCAGUAGCGCUUAUCAGAUAUUUUCCACAGGCCAACUUAACAUUCUACUCUCUGGUUCUCCUGACUCUUGGUCAUAGCCACUGUCACUGACUCCAUUAUACAGAUAGGUCAGUGGAGGCCUAGGCAGAGCUGCUUUGAACCUUGAGGUACACAUUCCUUCUUUGUGUUCCCUAAGAUGGGGACUCACAGACACGUUUCUGGGGCUAAGAAGGGAAGCUGCUGGUCUUAAUCAUAUUGAAAUCCUUUGAAGUUGUUUUUUAAAUCACAUAAUAGAUAAUUCAGAAUUAUAAAUCUUAAGUAAAAGAGGGAUUUGAAUUUGGAAUUUCUUUCUGAAACACACAUUGUGAAGCUUCAUUUACUUAACCAGCAUAAUGAUGACACCAAGAUAAUUAGAAAAACCGAAUGGAGUAGAAUUUAGGAAGGCACACUUUUUUCUUUUGUGGUACUAGGUAUUGAAUCCAGGGGCUUCACAUUGAGGUACAACCCUAGCUCCCUCCUUCCUUUUUUGGGACAGAGUCUCACUAAGUUGCCUAAUUUAACUUACUAAGUUACCUAGUUUAACUCCAUUUUGGUUUUUGUGUUUUUCUUGAAGGUUUUUCCUUGUGCUUGAUUAACUGUUGUCAUUAAAUCAUUCACAUUUGUGCUUUUGAGGUUAAAAUUGCAGAAUUUUCUCGUACUCCUGAGGAUUUUCUAAAGAAAUAUGAUGAACUGAAAUCUAAAAAUACAAGGAACCUUGAUCCACUGGUGUACCUAUUGUCAAAGCUUACAGAAGACAAGGAGUUUUGUGUGUUUUCAGACUCUGCAGUAUUUGCAACAGAACGCGAAAGAAAGAGCUGACCUCGCAGCCACUGCUAUGGCCAGCAGCACCACCAGCUUUAGUGUUCCUACCACAGCCUCCAAGAUGUCCAUGCAAGAGCUUGAGGAGCUAAGGAAGCAGCUUGGCAGUGUGACUACAGGCUCCACACUGCAGCAGUCUCUAGAACUUACAAGAAAGAUGCUUCGAGACAAGCAAAACAAAAAAAAUUCAGGCCAGCACCUCCCUGUGUUCCCAGCCUGGGUAUAUGAGAGACCAACACUGGUUGGAGAUUUCCUGAUUGGUUCAGGUUUAAGCACAGACACAGUUUUACCUAUAGGAGCACUGCCUUUGGCCUCCCAGGAGUCAGCAGUGGUGGAAGACCUGCUCUACGUGCUGGUCGGUGUGGAUGGCAGGUAUAUUACUGCUCAACCUCUGGCUGGGAGGCAGAACCGUACCUUCCUUGUGGAUCCCAACCUGGACCUGUCCAUCCGGGAGCUGGUGAACAGAAUCCUCCCUGUGGCUGCCAGUUACUCCACUGUGACCAGGUUUAUUGAAGAAAAGUCUUCCUUCGAGUAUGGGCAGGUGAACCAUGCCUUGGCGGCUGCCAUGAGAACCUUAGUAAAGGAGUACCUUAUCCUGGUUACGCAGCUGGAGCAGCUGCACAGGCAGGGCCUCCUCUCACUACAGAAGCUCUGGUUCUACAUCCAGCCAGCCAUGCGCACUGUGGACAUCCUGGCCUCUCUUGCCACUUCAGUGGAUAAAGGCGAGUGUGUAGGUGGGUCGACGUUGAGCCUUCUCCACGACAGGAGCUUCAACUACACAGGGGACAGCCAGGCACAGGAGCUGUGCUUAUACCUGACCAAGGCUGCCAGUGCACCGUACUUUGAGGUACUGGAGAAGUGGAUCUACAGGGGGAUCAUCCAUGACCCCUAUAGUGAGUUCAUGGUUGAAGAGCACGAACUGCGGAAGGAGAAGAUACAGGAGGACUACAAUGACAAGUACUGGGACCAGCGGUACACUGUGGUGCAGCAGCAGAUUCCCUCCUUCCUGCAGAAGAUGGCGGGCAAGAUCCUCAGCACGGGAAAAUACCUAAAUGUGGUCAGAGAAUGUGGUCAUGAUGUCACCUGCCCUGUGGCCAAAGAAAUUAUCUACACACUCAAAGAGCGGGCGUAUGUUGAGCAGAUUGAGAAGGCAUUCAACUAUGCCAGCAAGGUGCUGCUGGACUUCCUGAUGGAGGAAAAGGAGCUGGUGGCCCACCUGAGGUCCAUCAAGCGCUACUUCCUGAUGGACCAGGGAGACUUCUUUGUUCACUUCAUGGACCUCACUGAGGAGGAACUCAGGAAACCAGUGGAAGAUAUUACUCCUACACGCCUGGAGGCUCUGUUGGAGCUGGCCCUGCGCAUGAGUACUGCCAACACUGACCCCUUCAAAGACGACCUCAAGAUUGACCUGAUGCCUCAUGACCUCAUCACUCAGCUCUUGCGGGUUCUGGCCAUUGAGACCAAGCAGGAGAAGGCAAUGACCCAUGCUGAUCCAACUGAGCUCACGUUGAGUGGCCUAGAAGCCUUCUCUUUCGAUUACAUUGUCAAGUGGCCCCUCUCCCUGAUCAUCAACAGGAAGGCACUCACCCGCUACCAGAUGCUCUUCAGGCAUAUGUUCUACUGCAAACAUGUAGAGCGGCAGCUGUGCAGCGUCUGGAUCAGCAACAAAACUGCCAAGCAGUAUGCACUGCACUCAGCAAAGUGGUUUGCUGGUGCCUUCACUCUGCGGCAGCGAAUGCUCAACUUCGUUCAAAAUAUCCAGUACUAUAUGAUGUUUGAAGUGAUGGAACCAACCUGGCACAUCCUUGAGAAAAACCUGAAGUCUGCCUCCAACAUUGAUGACGUCCUUGGCCACCACACGAGCUUCUUGGACAACUGCCUAAAGGACUGCAUGCUGACCAACCCUGAGCUACUGAAGGUCUUCUCUAAGCUCAUGUCUGUGUGCGUCAUGUUCACCAACUGCAUGCAGCACCUGGCGGAGCCUGUGGACACCCCUCAGAUGGCUUCUGGCUUUGAGGCCACCAUCAAUAACUUUGACAAGAACUUUUCUGCUCAUCUGCUUGAUCUGCUAGCCCGACUAAGCGUCUAUAGCACCAGUGAUUGUGAGCAUGGCAUGGCCAGCGUCAUUUCCAGGCUCGAUUUCAAUGGCUUCUACACAGAACGACUGGAGCACCUGUCUGCAGAAAGGAGCCAGAAAACAGCCCCCCAAGUGCCUGUCCCACGUGGGGCCCCCACACCAGCACCAGCACCCAGAGUGGCAGUUACUGCACAGUGAACCUUGACCACGGCUUGGAGGAAGAGUUGAGGGCCAGUCAGUGCUGUGAUGCAGUGAUCUCAGAACUUUUAAAUCAGAUGUUCCUGGAACACCUAUGUUGUGUGUGCUUUUACUGUUUAAAUAUUAGGUCUGAAUUACA